AUGAGUAAGAACUAUACUUUUUCGGAUUUUGUCAAAUUUAAAAAGGGAAGAGGAUUUGGAAUAGGAAAAAUAGAGAAUUUAAGCCAGGAAGAAGAUUGGUUCGAAUAUUUUGAAUAUAUAUUGGGUGAAGAGUUGCCAACAGGUAGCGUUAUUUAUUGUAUUUAUUAUUUAUAAUUCUUACUUAACCUCACAUUCUAAAAAUCAAUAUAAUUGUGCUAUUUUAAUUUAUUAAUUUUUAUUAGGUAAAUAGCCACAUCAUGGAUAGUUUGAGGUGUUUAAGACUGAAUAAUUGAAAAAAGGGAAAAUAACUGAUAUCAUAGAAAAGGUUCUAUUAUCCAAGCUACACGAAUAUAUUUAAAUGAAAUAAAAAAAAGGAUAUGUGAUGAGACAAUAGUACGUUCUAAGAGAAUUUUUACCUGCACUUAAAUCCUGUUUUUGUGGUCGAUAUGUGAAUCCUGACUAGGUUCUUGUACUUUGUAAUUAAUGUGAAAAAGCAUUCCACGCUGAAUGCUUGAUAAAUAAAUUAGAUUAUGGAGUAGUUAAUUGCGAUACAUGUAGAGAGCAAAUAAGUAAUAAUUCAAUUCCAGAACACAUCAGAAAAAGUCUACAGUCUAGAAAUACAAAUCAAAGUGACUAAAAAUAUUAUCAGAAUAAGAUAAAUGAAAGAUAAAAUAAUAUAUAAAUUGAAGAGGAAGGAGAAGAAGAGAUAGAAUUAAAUGAAGGGAAAAUAGAUCUAGAUAAAAUGGUAAAGAAAAUCAAAACUAAAGAAGGGUACUUUCAAAAUUAGGUUCAUGUUAUAUAAUAAAGUAAUACAGGAUGCGAAGAUUCUAAAAACAAAUCAAUUUAUAAAGAGGUUCCGACAGCUAAAAUCAAUACAAACGAAGUAAUAAAAUUAUCCUCUUAACCCUAUAAAAACAUUUCAAUUGCCAGUGUUGAAAAGAUGAAGGCUUGGGUUGAGAAGUACAGAUAAAUGGAAUAAAAUAUAUCUAAUUUUGAAAAGAAAAGAUAAGAAGUGAGAGAGAAAUUUUUUUCAGUGAUAUUCUAUGGGGUUGAGGAAUUAAAAGACAUGUGGCAUAAAUAAUAACAUUCUAUUAGUCAAUAAGAAAGAGAAAUUAUUACUUUAUCUGAUACAAUGUUAUUUUAAUUUAUAAAAAAUUUGGCUUUAGAUAUAGAAGUAUUUGCUCAUAUCAGAUUGAAUGUUCAACACAAGGGAAGACUAGAAUCUCAUUAUGUAGAUAGAUGCAAGUUAAUUUACUUACAUAUGAAGGAUGAUAAAAACUUUGAAUUAAGAAGGAAGGUUAUCUCUAAAGAAUUCAAAGCUUAAGAUCUUUGUACUAGAGAAGAAAGAGAAUUGUAUAAUCCUGAAAAAAAAAGAUAAUUUCAAGAAAUAGCAAUGAGAGUGAUUGAGUUUAAUUAAAAGGACAAAGAUGAUGAAGAAAAAAUCACUAAGGAUAUGGAAGAAGUUUCUUUUAAGGAAAAUGUAAUUUGAUUAUUUAUUUAGUAAUCCAUAAAUGAAGAAGUUUAGGUUUCUUAAAAAAUGAGGGAUGUGGGUUCUUCGAAAAACUAAAAUAAAGAAAAAUUGAUGGAAUAUUCAGUUGAUAGAUCUUUAUCAAGAUUUAAGAGAAGAGUUUAAGAAGAAUUAACUGAAACUGAAAGGCUCUAAAUUUUAGCUAGUUUAGAAUUAUAUCAACUUAUUAGUUGA